CUUCGGUCGCGGAGAGGAGGCGGAGGCGGAGGUGGAGGAGGAGGAGGAGGAGCGGGCCUCGCGGCCACCAUCGCCCCGAGAUUGCAGCGCUGUCGGCGGGCGUGGAUGAGCCGCCGGAGCCGAGCCAGAGAUGGCUGUUCUCAAACUGGCCGACCAGCCUCCACUCAUCCAGGCCAUCUUCAGCGGAGAUGCCGAGGAGAUCCGAAUGCUCAUAUACAAGUCUGAAGACAUCAACGCUCUGGAUGCUGAGAAGCGCACUCCGCUCCAUGCAGCAGCCUUCCUGCGCGAUGCCGAAAUCACCGAACUCCUCAUCCUUUCCGGUUCUCGUGUCAACGCCAAGGACAACAUGUGGCUCACCCCCCUCCAUCGCGCCGUGGCGUCACGCAGUGAGGAGGCAGUGCGAGUGUUGAUCCGUCACUCGGCCGACGUCAAUGCCCGAGACAAGAACUGGCAGACGCCGCUCCACGUGGCGGCGGCUAAUAACGCGCUGCGCUGCGCCGAGAUCAUCAUCCCGCUGUUGAGCAGCGUGAACGUGUCAGACCGCGGCGGGCGCACCGCAUUGCACCACGCUGCCCUCAAUGGCCAUACUGAGAUGGUGAACCUCCUCCUUGCCAAAGGAGCCAACAUCAACGCUUUUGACAAGAAGGAUGGGCGAGCUCUACACUGGGCCGCCUUCAUGGGUCAUUUGGAUGUGGUGUGUCUGCUGGUGAGUCAGGGGGCGGAGCUCUGCUGUAAGGACAAGCGAGGGUACACACCGCUGCAUACGGCGUCAUCUAGUGGACAGAUGGCGGUGGUGAAGCAUCUGCUCAACCUGGCUGUGGAGAUCGACGAGUCCAACGCCUUCGGCAACACACCGCUGCACGUGGCCUGUUUUAACGGCCAGGACGCCGUCGUUAGCGAGCUCAUCGACUACGGCGCGAACGUCAGCCAGCCCAACAACAAAGGCUUCACGCCGCUGCACUUUGCUGCCGCUUCCACUCACGGAGCGCUCUGUUUGGAAUUCCUUGUCAACAACGGUGCCGAGGUCAACGUACAGGUAGGACGGAAGUGCAGCUUGUUGCUUUUUUUUGUAUUUUGCUUGCCUCUCGACUGGGUCGACGCUAGGGUGUUGUGGCGACGCAAGCGACUACUUCAAGCAGCCCAGCGUCUGGAGAGAAAAAGUCGAGACGGGAAAAGUCCUCUCCACAUGACGGCGGUGCAUGGUCGCUUCACUCGCUCUCAGACUCUCAUCCAGAAUGGCGGCGAGAUCGACAGCGUGGAUAAGGACGGCAACACGCCACUGCACGUCGCCGCUCGCUACGGCCACGAGCUCCUCAUCAACACGCUCAUCACCAGCGGAGCCGACUGCACCAGGCGAGGCGGCCACGGCAUGUUCCCGCUGCACAUGGCUGCCUUGAACGCUCACUCGGACUGCUGCCGCAAACUGCUCUCCUCAGGCCGGAGGUUUAGCAUAAUGUGUAACGACUCGGUCCUGUGUGCAGGCUUUCAGAUCGACACCCCCGACAGUCAGGGGCGGACCUGCCUGCACGCCGCCGCCGCCGGAGGCAACGUGGAGUGUGUCAAGCUGCUCUUGACGAGCGGCGGCGACCACAACAGGAGGGACAACUGCGGCAGGACAUCGCUGCACUAUGCCGCCGCCAGCCGGCACUAUCAGUGUCUGGAGACCCUGGUGGCUUGCGGCACGGCCAUCAAUGCCACCGACAAGUGGGGGCGCUCCGCUCUGCAUUACGCUGCAGCUUCGGACCUGGACAGACGGCGACGUGUUGCUCUGGAGCCUGAGAGUGAAGGAGUCCAGGCAGAGAGGGAGAAAGAGGCAGCUGUAUGUUUGGAAUUCCUGCUUCAGAGUGGAGCGACGGCCUCGCUCAAAGACAAACAAGGAUACAGUCCUGUUCACUAUGCUGCAGCCUACGGACACAAGCGCUGCCUGGAGCUGGUGCUGGACAGAGACGACGGUUACCACGACGACCUUGAAUCCCCCAACGCCAGGAGCCCCCUGCAUCUCGCUGCAUACCACGGCCACACACAGGCGCUCGAGGUGCUGCUGCAGGGGGAGAGGGAGCUGGACCGGGGGGACGAAGCCGGCCGCACCCCCUUGGCUAUGGCGGCACUCCGGGGCCACGCAGACUGCGUUCACAUCCUCCUCAGCCAAGGGGCGUCGCCGCGCACUUGCGACCCGCGGCAUAGGCGCACUCCCGUUCACCUGGCAGUGACUAACGGUCACGUGACGUGUUUGCGACUUCUGCUGGACGAAUCGGACGGCACGGAUCUCGCAGACGCCGCCGACUCUCAGGGACAGACACCUCUGAUGCUAGCUGUGGCCGGGGGUCACGUCGACGCCGUGUCGCUGCUGCUUGAGCGGGAGGUGGACGUCAACGUGGCCGACAAGCACGGCAUGACCGCGCUGCACCUCGGGCUGCUGUGCGGCCAGGAGGAGUGCGUCCAGUGUCUGCUGGAGCAGGAGGCGUCCAUCUUGUUGGGCGACGCGCGGGGUCGCACCGCCAUCCACCUGGCGGCGGCAAGAGGCCACGCCUCCUGGCUGAGCGAGCUGCUCGGCAUGGCCUGCCCCGAACCCGACUCGCUGCCCCCACUCCGAGACCAUCACGGCUACACGCCGCUGCACUGGGCCUGCUAUCACGGUCACGACGGGUGUGUGGAGGUACUACUGGAGCAGAAAGGUUGUCGCUGCAUUGAUGGGAACCCGUUCACGCCGCUGCACUGUGCUGUGGUAAACGAUCAUGAGGCCUGCGCAUCUAUGCUGCUGGAGGCAAUGGGAUCAGACAUCGCCGGCUGCAAGGACGAUAAGGACAGGACUCCCCUGCACGCAGCGGCGUUCUCCGGUCACGUGGACUCUGUCCAGCUGCUCCUUUCCCACGACGCACCAGCUGACGCCGUGGACCAAUCGGGUCGCACCGCGCUGAUGAUGGCAGCUGAGAAAGGCCGCGUCGGGGCACUCGAGGUUCUGCUGAACAGCGCCGCCAGCUGCCUCCAUUAUGCCGACAAAGACAGCAACACCGCCCUGCAUCUAGCGUGUAAAAAUGGAAUGGAAGACUGUGUCCUGCUUAUUCUGGAGAAGCUGUCCGAUUCUGCGCAAAUAAACGCCACGAACGCUGCGCUCCAAACGCCUCUCCACCUUGCGGCUCGUAGCGGACUCAAACAGGCAGUCCAGCAGCUGCUGUCCCAAGGAGCCAACAUUCAGACGGUGGACGAAAACGGUUUGACCCCCGCUCUGGCUUGCGCGCCCAGCCGAGAGGUUGCCGACUGCCUGGCGCUUAUUCUGGCUACCAUGAUGCCUUUCUGCUCCCCUUGCAGCUCCGGCGCCCCCUCCCCUGGCGCCCUGCUGAGGCAGCUGCCCCCUAAGGCCCACAAAGACCCCGCCGCGGCCGCUGCCCCCCAGGGCCCACGCAGCACCAGGAACCCCUCGGGACCCUCCAGUGAGGGGACCACGGAGAACGAUUCUGAGGAUUCGGAAACUUUCUGACCCUUUCUGGGUGCCACAAUUCCUCUCUAUGCCAUCUUUCCAAGAAGAAGUUGAUGUGGGUCAUUUGCAUCUGUUCUUCUUUCUAAACACAGGUGCUCAGAAUCCAAACUGACCUCGGUACUUGGUCUCUGGGUGGCGGCGUGCCUCGCCUCCAAAACUUCCGUGUCUUUCUCAAGCAAGAGCAAGAAGCCAUUUUUACCAGGUUUUUUUGGGGCGUUUUUUUGUACAAAUUAAAACCAAAAGGUCAAUGUAAUUUUUUGCUUUUAAUGAUAUUUUGGUUUGAUGUACGAAAUAAGCAGCCUUUACACAAUAAUAAUAAUGUUGCUAGUUAACAUUCACUGAAAAGGACAUGGCCGAUUAAUUCAUGCAUAAUUACAAAAGGAGACUAAGUCAACUCGUUACCUGAAACACAAAUCGGCGUUGUUGUAAUCUUACAAAAAAAAGUCACUAUUUCAUGAAAUUUCAUCAGCGUAAAAUUACAAGUCCUAGUUUUACAGGAAAAGAUUUGGAAAUAUAAAACAUAAUUUCAAGAGAAUAGUAUUAUUAAAUUGUAAUCUCACAAGAAAAAGUUGAAAUUGUAUGAGAAAGAAGUUGCACUUACAACAUAAGUCAAUUUCAUGACAAAGUUGGAAAUAAAAACGUGCAAGAAUGAAGUAAUAACAGUCCAUAAUUUUACAAUAAGGGCAUAGAAUUGUGAGAAAAACUGAAUAGUCUGAAUAAGGAAGUCGUAAUUUUACAGGAAUGAAGUUGUUAUAUUACAAGCAUUUUUUUUUUAGCAGACUUGUAAUUUCACAAGAAAAGGUCAAAAUUUUACAAGUGGUGAUAUGAAAAGAAUAGUCAUAUUAUUACAAUGAAAACCUUUUUAUGAGUAUUGUUAUACUGUAUAAGAGUAGAGUGGUUUUAUUUAUUCUUUGUUACUUGAAGCACAAACUGUGACUUGUUGUGUAGGAAAGAUUCCCAAAAUGUGUGCACACUUUCUCGCCCCUUUCGUGCACUCCUUGCAUGCCGACAUUUGUGAGUCAGGGUAGCCAACGUUAGCCUCUUAAUAAAAAAAAAAAAAAAUAAAAUAAAAGAGAUUUUGCCUAAUAACAUUCCUGUUAAUCAUGCAAGUUCUCCUGACAGGUGUCUUCCUCUAUUCAUUAUUUAUAAAUCUAUUUUUAUUGACAUGAUGGUACAGAAACUGCCAGCACUUCAAUGUAAAACUUAGGCCUCCGCAUGACUAGCUACCAGCAACGUGCCAUCAAUUGUGUGCAGUGCCUUGACGUUGUUUUUUUUAAGAGAACAAUCACAUACAGUAUAUAAAAGUUCACAGGAAAUUACAUUUCACAUUUCCUUUGUCAUUAUUGUACGAAUUGUCAAGACGUGGUAAUGGGACUCUUACUAAAGAGUUUAAAGGACCCACUGAAAAUAAAAUGUGAGAAUAAUAUUGUAAUAACAUGAAAAAAAUUCAGAACAGCUUAAAAAAAAAGUAAUAAUGAAGUAAUGCUAGUAGAGAACGGCAAGUGGUAUCGGGGCAUCAUGGACUCGUGAAGGCUGCCGAUACCAGCCACCAGUACCGAAGGCAAAAUAAUCUGACAAAUCCUCCUUGCCAGUAGUUGGCGCUACACUGCGGCAGUUUGACACAUCGGCAAAUCAUCAUGUGCGUCACAAAGAAAGAAAGGACUGUGUGUUAAUUGAAACUUUAUGCAUCCGAAGUACUCAUGGUGUCUGUGAGUACCUCAGAGUUGAUACGUGUCCUGUGAUUGAUUUGGGAAAAAAAAAAAAAAAGUGGGAUUGAACAUCCCUAAAUACGAGACAAAAAUCUGGAUUUUACAACAAUAAAAUUGUAAAAUUACACGUAAAACGGCAAUUUAAAAGAAAAAGUAAUACGAAAAUAGAUUUUUUUUUAAAUUAUCGAAACAUCAUAAACUUAUUGAUUUUGCACAUCUCCAUAACAGUUUAUUAUUGGACCGGUUUUCUCGUAAAUUACAAUUGUAUUUAUUUGCCCCUCCUUUUCAGUGUGGCUCUAAUACUCCUUUGUAGACUUUCUUCUUGGCACUUGUAUGUCCCUCUUGGAAAGUCUGAUUACGAUCAUUGUGUGUGUUUUCACAAAGACUACAAACAGAAUUGGUCUUGUUUCCUCUCUACCAGGGUUUUGAAGGUAAGCUUUUCCAAUCCGAUUUCUUAAAACCAAACUACUAGAAUAAGCCAAAUGGUCCUUCCUCUGCGGUUUGGAUGACGCAACAUGAUGAUUAGUAUUGUCAUGACUGUAUUAGUAGCUCCAAAUCUUGUCCUUUGUAAGUCAUUUUUAUGUGCUUUUUAAAAAACUAUUUGCCGAUACUCGACUUUCAUUUAACCAUGACAAUAUUUAAGUUUUGAGAUUUUAAUUUAGACUUUUUUUUCUGGACCAAGAUCUAAUUUUGAUCUUUUGGCAAGUAUUUGUUAGUAAAGAUUGUGGCAAAUUUAACUGCCAUCUUUGGUACUGCUCUUUUAUAUAAUGAUGUAUAAAGCUUUGUAUGACUCUUAGCCAUCCCAACACAUCGUGUUCGAACUUAAUUUAAUGCAAAAGACAAGCCCAAGUGUAUUUAAUACAUUUUAAUACCAAGACGGGCUUCAUUGAGUCACAAAAAUUGUCACUCUAGGCGAUUCUCACAGCAGUUCCUGAUGCAGUACAACCACACGUCAGUGUUUUUAUAUCAAUUGUACACUUUCAAAAAAUAAAUGUGUUGCAGUUUUGUCUUUUAAA